AUGACCUUAGCUAACAAUACAUCAUUAAAGAAAACUUCAUCAUCAUCUGGUACAACUGAUUCACCAUAUCUUGGUUCAAAAAUUAGUCUUGUAUCAAAAGCUAAAAUUCGUUAUGAAGGUAUUCUAUAUACAAUCGAUGCUAAUGAAUCGACUGUAGCACUUUCAAAAGUACGUUCGUUUGGUACUGAAGAUCGUCCAACUGAUCGACCUGUACCUGCUCGAGAUGAAAUCUUCGAAUAUAUUAUUUUUCGUGGUGCUGAUAUUGAAGAUCUUCAAGUACGCGAACCUCCACAAAAUUCAUUGACUCAAGAUCCAGCAAUUGUUGAGUCAUCGGCAUAUUCGGAUAAUGUUCGUUCGAAUUCAAUUGGAACUAAUACAAAUCUUGGAGGAAUAUCUCAAAAUGGUCAAACACGUACAUUAUCAAAUCGAGGUACAAUGCCAUCACCACCUAUUCGUCAAAGUACUGGCAAAGGUUUGAAAUCAUCUGAAUCAUUACGUCCAUUCAAUUUAAAUCAAAAACGUUCAUCAAGAGGAUUUAGUCAACAAUCACCAUUACGUCCAUAUGAUGAACAAGAUUAUUCUUAUGGUGGUUAUCAACGACGUACUCGUCAACAAGAUUAUUAUAAUGAUCGUCGAAAUAAUAAUAAUGAAUGGUCACGUCAAUCACAACGUUUUUCAAGACCAUUACAAAAUUAUAAUGAUAAUCGAUUUUAUUCAACGAGACGUCAACAAUCAACAGGAAGAUUUAAUUUUCGUCAACGACGUAAUUCAACUGGUGAUGAAAUUAAAAAAAGUUUAUCAAUUAAAAUAAAUGAUAAAAAUGAAAUAACAAAUGAUUCACCAAAAAUUGAACAAGAAAAAGAUAAAGAUACUCAACAAAUAAUUUCAUCAUUAACAACAAAAUUAGAACAACAAGAUAUUAAUUCUGAUGGUCAUUAUGAUAAACAAAAAAGUUUCUUUGAUCGUAUUUCAUGUGAAGCUACAGAAAAAGAAAAAAUAAAUGCUCGUCGUAAUCGAAAUGAAGAACGUCGUGUUAAUGCUGAAACAUUUGGUUUACAAUAUCGUUCAAUACAAUCAAAUGGAAAUCAACGUUUUGGUUAUCAACGAAAUAAUAAUGGUCUUUAUCAACGUACAACAAAUGGAAAUUAUGGUAAUCGUAAUGCUAUGUACUAUGGUAAUGUAAACAAUCGAUCAUUUGAUUAA